CGGCGCCCAAGAUGCUUUGAUUUAAGCGCCUCGCUCUCACUCACACGCACGCAUCCUCAUCAUUCACGCCCGCUCUUAAUUUUCGGGCACGCAUGCAAAUGAGUGCGGCUGCUGGUGUCGUCGCCGCAUCCACUCUUUGAUCUGCACACCACGCGCGCUUAUCUCGACGCCAACAUUUCGCUGCAGCUGAUCAAAAGGGCUGGGAUGGUGGAGGACCGUCUGCAGUUGCCUGGAGAGUGUGCCGCGUGCCGGCGCAGCAUCUGCGACCGGUACAUAAUGCGAGUGGCGGACGCCAACUACCACGAACGCUGCCUUCUGUGUUGCGCGUGCGGCUCGCGCCUCGCUCACUCGUGCUUCACCAAAGACGCCAAACUCUACUGCCGCAUCGACUAUGACAGGUUGUACGCCAAGAAGUGCCUCGGCUGCUCGGAGAAGGUGAGUCCCGAGGAGCUGGUGAUGCGGGCGCUCGACAGCGUCUUCCACCUGCGCUGCUUCGUCUGCGUCGUCUGCGGCGGACGCCUCCAGAAGGGCGACCAGUUCGUCAUCAAGCAGGGACAGCUCUUCUGCCGACCCGACUACGAGAAGGAGGUGGAAAUGCUCCAGGGAUACGCACCAGGUGAGUUUCCAUGUGACGAUUUGAUCACCACGUCGGCUCGUCCGCACGAUGGACGCCGCGGACCCAAGCGACCGCGGACCAUCCUCACCACGCAGCAACGGCGGGCGUUCAAGGCCUCGUUCGAGCUCAGUCCCAAGCCGUGCAGAAAAGUGCGAGAAACUUUGGCCAAGGACACGGGUCUCAGCGUCAGAAUUGUCCAGGUGUGGUUCCAAAAUCAGCGUGCAAAAAUGAAGAAAAUGCAGAAAAAGGCGCGGCAGGACGGCAAAAUCCUGAAAGACAGCGAGGACUCCGAGCCGGGAAACUCGAGCAGCACGAAAAGCUGCAAAAUCAAAGAGGAGGAUCAGAGUCCGCAAGGGGUGGGCUACUUGAACGAGUGCAGCAGCGACACGGAGGCCGGAAGCCUGGCCAUCGAGGGCUACGGCGCUGAAGUUGAUGGAGCGUCUCAUUAUUUGCCCCUGAAAGAAGACCCGCCCGGCACGCCUGACCCCGGCGAAGUUGCUUCCCUCUUCUUCAAACACCAAGAAUUCGCUGCCGCCCAAGUUGGGCCGCACCACCACGCCAAGCUGGCGGGGAACAACGGUCCCUUCAUGUCGGCCUUCCCGUACGGCAGCUGCCCCCCGGAGGCGGCGAUGGCCGGGGGUGGGCCGCCGGCGGGCAUGUUCGGCGGCGGCCACCAGCACCCGAUGACGCCGUCGCUGAAUCCGAUCGACCGUCUCUACUCGAUGCAAAACUCGUACUUCUGCGGAGAGGACGGCCCCACCCUCGCCGACCAGUGAAGCCGUGCUGCACCCUGCACUGCACCCUGCUCUGCACCGCGCGCUUCACAAAGACUGACCAACCAAAAUGAUUGAUUUCGCCCUCGAUCCGAGCUUUCUUGUUUCGCCGCGCGACGAAAUUUAAAAAAAAUAAAACGGUAGAUCGAUGGUUCUAGUCAUUUAGUGAGAUAUAUAAAUACAUAAAUUGGAUUGGCGCGUGUCUCAGCGUGCGGACCCGUUGAUGUCGAUAAUAUGGAUUUUUGAAUGUUGCUCUCGUAGGAGGAAGUUUCGUGUCUUGGCUCUUCGCUACCUUGAUGUCACUGUCAACGCAGCCCAAGGGUUGAAUAAAUGUUGAGAAGCAAACA